AUGGACGCUCAAUACCUUUCAGCUUUAGAGGAAACUUUAAAGCAAAUUCAAACCCCUGACUCUAAUGUCAUUAAACAAGCCACUAAGAGAUUAAAUAGUGAAUUGUUAACCAAUAGUUUGGCAUUACCAGCUUUAAUUCAUAUUUUACAAAACUCUAGUGAUGAAACUUCUAGACAAUUGGCAGCUGUUGAAGCCAGAAAGAUUGCUAUCAAUAGUUGGGAUAAAGUUGAUGCUCAAUUAAAACCAGAAAUUAGAAAUACUUUACUUAAUAGUACUUUUAAUGAACCAGUACAACGUAUUAGACAUUCAUCAGCUAGAAUCAUUUCUGCUAUUAGUGAAAUCGAUUUAGAUAAUGGUGAAUGGUCUGAUUUAUUACCAAAUUUAGUUAAUGCUAUCGAAGGUUCUGAUUCUCAAGUUAAAGAAACUGCCGUUUUCACCUUGUACACUAUUUUAGAAACUCAAGUUCCUGCUUUACUCGAACACGUUCCAGGUUUCUUGAAAUUAUUCUCUCAAUUAUUAGCUGAUCCAUCUUCAAGAGAAAUUAGAGUUAAUGCUGUUUUAUCUUUAGACGUUCUUUCUCAAUUUAUCGAACAAGAUGCUGAAAUUGAUGCUCAACAAGCUCAACAAUUUAAAACCACCAUCCCAGGUAUGGUUGAUGUUUUGAAAGAUGUUAUUGCUAGCGAUGAUGAUGAAAAAGUUAAAACCGUUUUCAAUGUUUUCAACUCUUUAAUUUUCCUUGAUAAUAAAUUAGUUGGUGAACAUUUAACCGGUUUGAUUCAGUUCAUUGCUGAAAUCUCUGCUAACACUCAAUUAAAUGAAGAAUACAGAGUUUUCGGUUUGCAAUUCUUAAUUUCUUGCGUUUCCAUGAAAAAAUCUAAAAUCAUCUCUAAUAAAUUAGGUCCUCAAAUUACCUUAAUCGCUGCCCGUAUCGCAUCUGAACCAAUUGAUAUUGAAGAUGAAUUAAAUAAUGAAGACGAAGAAAACGAAAAUGAAGAAAACUCUCCACCAAACUUGGCCUUAAGAUUGGUUGCCAUCUUAUCUGCUGAAUUACCACCAUCUCAAACCAUUACCCCAUUCUUCGAAAACUUAAGCAGUAUGUUAUCUUCUUCAAAUCAAUUCGAAAGAAGAGCUGCUUUAUUAAUCAUUGGUGUUGCUUCUAGUGGUGCCCCAGAUUACUUUUCUACUCAAAUUGGUAAGAUUAUCCCAGUUUUAAGUGAAGGUUUGAAAGACUCCGAAAGUAUUGUUCGUGUUGCUGCUUUAAAAUCUUUAUCUCAAUUAACUUCUGAGUUACAAGAUAUAGUUGCUGAACACCACGAAGUUUUAUUACCUUUAAUCAUCAACAUUAUCGAUAAUGCUACUUCUGUCAUGACCUACAAAAACGCUUGCUAUGCUUUAGACGGUUUGAUUGAAUUCAUGAGUUUUGAAUCUAUUAGUAAAUACGUUGAACCUUUAAUGAAUAAAUUAUUCGGCAUGUUACAACAAGCUAACUCUUCUUCAUUAAGAGCUGCCAUUGUUUCCGCCAUUGGUUCUACUGCCUUUGCCUCUGGUAAGUCUUUCCAACCAUUUUUCGAUACUUCAAUUCAAUUAUUGGAACCAUUCGUUUCAAAUGUUACCGAAACUGAAGGUAUGUCUGAAGAAGAUAUCGAAUUAAGGGCUUUAACUUUCGAAAACAUUUCAACCAUGGCCAGAGCUGUUGGUUCCGGUAACUUUUCCAACUAUGCUACUCCAUUGGUUGAUGCUGCUUAUAUCUCUUUACAAUCUAGUGUUUCCAGAAUCAGAGAAUCUGGUUUCGCUUUUAUUUCCAACAUGGCUAAAGUUUAUGGGUCAGAAUUUGCUGGUUUCUUGGACAAGAUCGUACCUGAAAUUUUUAAAUGUUUGGAACAAGAAGAAUUUACUUUCAACGUUGAAGGUGAUGAUGCUGAAGAUGAAGAUGAAGAAGAAGAUUUAGACAAUAAAUUCCACGUUCACACUGGUAUUACCAUCGAGAAAGAAAUUGCUUCCGUUGCUUUAUCUGAAUUAGCUCUUGGUACCGGUAAAGCCUUUGCUAAAUAUGUCGAACCUUCUAUCAAAUCCUUAGCUGAUCAAAUUGAAAAUUCAUACGGUAUGAGAGAAGCUUCUUUGAAUGCUCUUUGGAAGAUUGUUAAAGCUAUGUUUGUUGCCUCAUACGGUGAAAAGAAAGCACCAAAAGGUGUUCCACAAUCAUCUUACGUUGAAGCAGAUGUUUUACAAUUAAUUAAACAAGUUAGAGAAAUUACUAUCCAAAACUUAGGUGAAGAAUUUGAAUUGACCAUGGUUGCAUGUAUUUUAGAUAACUUUUCUGAUGCAAUCAAUUCAUUGGGUCCAAUUGCUGUCAUUGACAAUGCUUCUGAAACUGAACAAUUAGAAAACUUGUGUGUUCAAUUAAUGAACAUCUUGAAGAAAGAACACCCUUGUCAAGCUGAAGAAUUCGAAGAAGAAGAAAUUGAAGAAGAAGAAGCUUCCGAGACUGAUGCUUUAUUAUUUGAAUCUGCUCUUGAAGUUUUAAUUAGCUUGGCUACUAGCUUAGAAGGUGAUUUCAAUAAGGUUUUCACUUCUUUCAAAGAUGUUAUUUCUUCAAAUGUUAAUAGCAAGUCUAAAAACAUGAGAGUUAGUGCCAUUGGUGCUUUAGCUGAAAUUUCUGCUGGUGUUAAAUCUUCUAACCCAUACUCUCAAGAAUUAUUGGAAGUUUUCAGUGAAAGAUUAUCUAAUGACAAAUCCUUGGAUGUUAAAGGAAACUCUGCUUACGGUAUUGGUAUUGUUAUUGAAAAUUCUGACGUUGAUUUCUCUUCUGCUUACCCAUCAAUCUUAAACUUAUUAUUUGAUUUAUUAGGUAAAACUGAUAAACAAGCUGGUAAUGUUGAUGCCGAUGAUGAAGAAACUCAAGAAGUUGUCAACAGAUCUUAUGCCAACGCUUGUGGUUGUGUUGCUAGAUUAGCUUUGAAAAACGAAGCUGCUGUUCCAUUAGAACACGUUAUUCAACCAUUAUUAAGUCAUUUACCUUUAAAGACUGCCCUUGAAGAAAAUGUUCCAAUUUUCAAAUUGAUCAUUAAAUUAUUUGAAAAAGAUGACCAAUUAAUCAACUCUCAAGUUGAAGCUGUUGUGAAUAUCUUUGCCGAAGCUUUCACCAAAGAAUUUGAAAGAAUCAAAUUAUUAGAAGGAUCUACUUUAGGUAGAGAAGAAAACCUCGACAGAUUGAAACAAUUCCAAAACGAUGAAUUGAAACAACAAGUCAUCAAUUUAUUGAAAUUCUUAGAUCAAAAAUUCGGCGGUGCCAUUAGCUCCAAUGAAGUCUUGAAAUCUGUCAUUGCAUAAAUGAGUCAAAAGAAGUAUUUCUUUUAAACUUAUUAAUUGAACGAAUAAUCAAAAAAUUAAAAAUGUUAAAAAAAAAAAAAAAAUAGAUUAUUAAACUUUAUAUAAUCAUUUCC